AGGCGGCUUCAGAGGCUAAAGGUCCUUAGAGGGAGUAGCGGCGGUGGUGGCAGCAGCAGCAGCAGCAGCGCCCGGAGGAGCAGCGGCCGCGGGAGCCUUCGCUUUGUCGCCAAGAUGCCGGCUGUGUCGAAGGGGGACGGGAUGCGCGGGCUGGCCGUCUUCAUCUCCGACAUCAGGAAUUGUAAAAGCAAAGAAGCUGAGAUAAAAAGAAUAAACAAAGAAUUGGCAAACAUUCGGUCAAAGUUUAAAGGUGAUAAAGCCCUUGAUGGCUACAGUAAGAAAAAGUACGUCUGCAAGCUGCUUUUCAUCUUCCUCCUGGGGCAUGAUAUUGAUUUUGGCCACAUGGAGGCUGUGAAUCUCCUGAGUUCGAACAAAUACACUGAGAAGCAAAUAGGCUAUCUGUUCAUCUCCGUGCUUGUGAAUUCAAACAGCGAGCUGAUCCGCCUGAUCAAUAACGCAAUCAAGAACGACUUGGCCAGCCGCAACCCCACUUUCAUGGGACUCGCUCUGCACUGCAUCGCCAAUGUGGGCAGCAGAGAGAUGGCAGAAGCAUUUGCUGGAGAAAUUCCAAAAGUUCUUGUAGCUGGAGACACCAUGGACAGUGUGAAGCAGAGUGCAGCCCUGUGCUUGCUAAGAUUAUACAGGACUUCUCCUGACCUGGUUCCUAUGGGAGACUGGACCUCCAGAGUUGUGCACCUUCUCAACGACCAGCAUCUGGGUGUGGUUACUGCUGCUACAAGUUUGAUCACCACUCUGGCACAAAAGAAUCCAGAUGAAUUUAAAACCUCCGUGUCUCUGGCUGUCUCCAGACUCAGCAGGAUCGUGACAUCUGCAUCGACUGAUCUCCAGGAUUACACCUAUUACUUUGUUCCAGCGCCGUGGUUAUCUGUGAAGCUUCUAAGGCUGCUGCAGUGCUACCCACCCCCAGAAGAUCCUUCAGCACGAGGUCGUCUCACUGAGUGUCUGGAAACUAUUCUUAACAAAGCUCAAGAACCUCCAAAAUCCAAGAAAGUACAGCAUUCAAAUGCGAAGAAUGCAGUGCUAUUUGAAGCAAUUAGUUUAAUUAUCCACCAUGAUAGUGAGCCAAACCUGCUUGUUCGUGCCUGUAAUCAGUUAGGCCAGUUCUUGCAGCACCGGGAAACUAAUCUUCGAUACCUAGCACUGGAAAGCAUGUGCACGCUUGCCAGCUCUGAGUUUUCACACGAGGCCGUGAAAACGCACAUAGAAACAGUUAUCAAUGCACUGAAGACAGAGAGGGAUGUGAGUGUGCGACAAAGAGCGGUGGAUCUCCUGUAUGCCAUGUGUGACCGAAGCAAUGCCCAGCAAAUUGUUGCUGAAAUGCUGAAUUACCUGGAAACGGCUGAUUAUUCUAUUAGAGAAGAAAUUGUGCUGAAGGUUGCAAUUUUAGCUGAGAAAUACGCAGUGGACUACACCUGGUACGUGGACACCAUCUUGAAUUUGAUUCGAAUCGCUGGAGACUAUGUCAGUGAAGAGGUGUGGUACAGAGUCAUCCAGAUUGUAAUUAACAGAGAUGAUGUGCAGGGAUAUGCAGCAAAGACAGUCUUUGAGGCGCUUCAAGCACCGGCUUGCCAUGAAAACCUGGUCAAAGUAGGUGGCUACAUCUUGGGAGAGUUUGGAAAUCUGAUUGCUGGGGAUCCAAGAUCUAGCCCUUUGAUCCAGUUCAACCUGCUGCACUCUAAGUUCCACCUAUGCAGUGUCCCAACCAGAGCGCUGCUGCUGUCUACGUACAUAAAAUUUGUGAAUUUAUUUCCUGAGAUAAAAACAACUAUUCAGGAUGUGCUGCGCAGUGAUAGCCAACUGAAAAAUGCUGAUGUUGAGCUGCAGCAAAGAGCCGUUGAGUACUUGAGACUCAGUACAAUUGCAAGUACUGACAUCUUGGCAACGGUGCUGGAAGAAAUGCCCCCAUUUCCAGAGAGAGAGUCCUCCAUUCUGGCUAAGCUCAAGAAGAAAAAGGGCCCCAACACAGUGACUGACUUGGAAGAGACAAAGAAAGAGAGGAACUCUGAUGUGAAUGGGAGCACAGAAGCUACUCUUGUAAAUGCCAGCACUGUGUCUACUCCAUCUCCUUCAGCAGACCUUUUAGGACUUGGCACAGCCCCCACAGCAAACUCCGUUCCAGCCCCAGCAUCUAGUGGCAGUUUGUUGGUAGAUGUGUUUUCAGACACCUCUGCGGCUCCUGCAUCUCUUGCUCCAGGUUCUGAAGAUAACUUUGCAAGUCCUGACCUAUCUUCAAAUGAGCAGGUGGUUUCUGAGGAACCAGCUGAUGCUGUGCAUGAUGCUGAUGAGCUUUUUCACACGUUUGUUUGCAAAAACAAUGGAGUCUUAUAUGAGAAUCAGUUGCUACAGAUUGGUUUGAAAUCUGAAUUUCGGCAGAAUUUGGGUCGGAUGUUCAUAUUUUAUGGUAACAAGACUUCAACACAAUUUUUGAAUUUUUCUCCAGCCCUAAUCUGUUCUGAUGAACUCCAGGCUGGCCUGAAUCUGCAGACGAAACCAGUUGACCCCACUGUGGAGGGAGGUGCUCAGGUGCAGCAGAUCGUAAACAUUGAGUGCAUAUCCGACUUCAUGGAAGCACCAGCCCUAAAUAUUCAGUUCAGAUAUGGAGGAACAUUGCAAAAUAUUUCUGUGAAGCUUCCCAUCACACUGAACAAAUUUUUCCAGCCUACAGAAAUGGCUGCUCAAGACUUCUUCCAGAGAUGGAAGCAGCUAAGCAGCCCUCAACAGGAAGUGCAGAACAUCUUUAAAGCAAACCAUCCAAUGGAUACCGAAAUUACAAAGGCAAAGAUAAUUGGCUUUGGCACAGCUUUACUGGAAGACGUAGAUCCCAAUCCUGCUAACUUUGUCGGAGCCGGCAUAAUCCACACAAAAUCAUUCCAGAUUGGAUGUUUGAUGCGUCUUGAACCCAACCUGCAGGCACAGAUGUACAGAUUAACACUACGGACAAGUAAAGAAACGGUGUCCCGAAGGUUAUGUGAAUUACUUUCUGAACAGUUCUGAGCCAUAAUGUGCAACCCCUUCUGAUUCUCCAUUUCUGCCAUUGUCCAUGUCCUGCUCCAGAAAUGUUUUGUACACCAGUGUCUGCAAAAAUAAUUGCCACCCCAUUCACAUCCCUGCCUUAAAGGACCUGUCCCUUUUUAUGUGAAACAAAUGAUAUGUGCAACAUAAAAUUACUUAAAUGUGAAAAAAAAUAAAAUGACUCUUAGAUUUUUGGUGCAAAGAAGCUGGGAGGUCUUGUAUCUGUGUGGGAGGUCUUGUGUGUCUCAACUCAACUGUGCUUCAUAUAUUUUUGGCAGGAGUUGUUUUUAUUAAAAUUCACUUCAGGUAUGCUUAAUCCCAACUCAAUGAAACAGUUUCGCUGGAAAUGCCACUGUAAAUUGCUAGAAGCAUGCUAGCAAACAAAUAAAAAGCUGAGAAGUUGGUGUGCAGAGAGGGCUAGAUUCCAUUCCUGCUCAAUUGAAUGUUACCCCAUGUCCUUUUUAAAGGAUCUAGAUACAUCUGAAGAUGGCUAUAUUUGCUUUGUAAAGAACAUUUGGAGGCAUAAGCACAUAUUCUGAUUCAUAUUUUAAUAUCCUCAAAUGACUUCCUUUAAAUCCCAACCCUCCACUUUUCUCCCAAGUUCUGAACUACCAAAGAGUUAUUGUCAUGAUAAAUGCUUAAGUAAGAAAACCACAUUGGGUUCUUGGGUACAACAUGUUGUUGUUUUCCCCCCAAAGCUGUGGUUGAUCAUAUAAACAUCAGUACACUUCAACUUUAAAUUAAAAAAUCACUUGGAAGUAUUCUUUUACCUAAGACUUUCUAAGGGACCCAAGGCAUUGGUAUUCCUGCCCCCCACUUUCCAGUUUAACAAAAACAAAACUAAAGUAUUUCCCCCCCCCCCCAUUUAACAUCUUCUGAAUCAUAGGGAUAGCCACUAGCUCUGAUCAGGGAGAGUUUAGCCUAUUCAGAUUUGAAAUACACUGUGGGAUUCUGCAAGUAUGAUGUAGGAAGCGGAUUGGCUUGAAAUGCUUGUCAUGUCACCAGAACAGUUUUGGUCUAGAACUUGACAGUCCUGUUUUCAAAAAGUGUAGUAAUGGCAUCUGUAGUUUGGUAAGAUCUAUGCAUUUGUGGAACAUGCCGUGGAACUGGCAUCUUCUUUGACAGGAGUAGAAUGCUAGUUAAACUGACUACCAUUACACACCUCUGAAGAGCUCCUUAAGAAGUAAUUUAUGACUACAAUUAUACACGAGGGCAAUGUAAAAAAAAUUAAAAAAUAAAAUAAGCUGCAAUGUUGUCUGAUUACAAAUAUCAGUUGCUGCUCGAGUUAUGAGGCUUUUUAACGAACAACAACACGGCUUCUUCUGCCCCAGUGUCUGGAAUUAACUUAUUAAAAACUGAAAAUCCAGUUUUCUUCCUAAUGUGGCUAUUGGAUCAGAAUAAUAUUGACCAACUUCUCCAAUCAAAUUUGAUGAGUUAUAUUGAAGCACAUUGUAUGGAACUACCUGGAGUGUUAGCUGGUAAAAUAAUAAAACAAUAACUCUUACAUUCUCCUAUCACUGGGAAAUUUUUAGGAAUUAUUAUGACAGCCCAUUGCAUUACUGUGGUUACACUAAAUGGUAUUAAGCACUCAGUGGUCUUCUGAAGUGUGUCUUAUCACAGAUGCUGGGAAGAAUGGCCAUAUCAUUUUUAACAUAGAUCCGUCCCACUGGAAGCAUAGUUUGUCUCCUCCUUUUUAAUUCCACCUCAAUACACUGUUUUUGUGUACUGUUCACUUGUAUAAUUUUUGCAAAGAAAUGUGGUUUUAUCCACAAAGGGUGAUAUUUAACUAAAUUAUACUCAGGGUAGGCCAUGUGAAAUUAAUGGACUUCACUUAGAUAAGUCCAUUGACUUCAGUGGAUUUUCUUAGAGUAUGACUAACAUUGGAUAUCAUUCAUAGAGAAAAAAGGACUCUAAAUAUAGGUGGCUCAAUGACCAACUGUAUAUAUGAGUAAUCAAACUUUAUGCAAGACUUCACCUCUGAUACGAGCCAUAUAGGCAUUGUUUUGAAGAAAACUUUUUUUAAAAAGUUUCUCUUUAUUGGGAUAAAUGACCUUGAUUUACCAAAGUUGUGUGUCCUCCUCCAUCUCAAGCAGAAGUUAACAGUUUCUGUGGCUAAACCAGUAUUAGUAAUUAAGGUACAGUAUUUGUUUUGUUGACAUGUGAAAAUACCUGUACAGGAAGACAAAAUAUUGUGCACUUUUAGGCCUACACUCCAAUAUGUAAUGUGUAGUAAUCUCACUUGUAAAAAAAUAAAUAAAAAUCACAAGCUUAUAUGGUGGGCUUUGAUUAUUAUGACUGUAAAAAAAAUGAAAAUAUAAAAAAACUAAUCAUGUUAUCUUUAAUGGAAAAUAAUAAAUGGCUAGAAGAAUAAAAAAUUCCUUUCCUUUUUUCAUUCCCAGAGCAUGACUUCUUUUCCUACCGCAGGGCUAACAAAUGUGAAAAUUUCAUUUUUAUAGUCAGCUUUCAGAAUUAUGAUUUAGAUAAAUACAAAACAUCACCACCUACUGUGCAGAGGAAAUGAAAUUGUGAUUGCAUAGGACAAAAGACUUUGGCCCUGAUUUGUUUAUUGCAACACUCCAGUCCUCUUGACGAUUGAAGCAGAGUACUUUUGAGUGUUUCCCAGCCAGCAAACUAAUAACUCGACGCCUUCCAGCUAAAUAUGCAAUUUAUUAUUAUUAUUAUUAUUAUUAUUAUUAUUAUUAUUACUCAUUUCCCCCCAAGUUAUUCCCUUUUUGUUUUAUUUUUUUAUUUUCCUGGUCUUGAGGGAUCUGCUUAGAGUGAGGCUGGAUGAAGACAUUAGCCUCUUGGGCUCCCUGCAUCACUGCUUCCUGGUUCACAUUCUCUCUGAUAUAAUGGCAGAAAUGAAGCUCACAUGGAUCUGUACCUCACCUACUUCUAGUAGUGUUAAGAGGUGGGGGCAGGGCACAUGCAAGUCUCAGGACCACUCCUUGGCUUGGCAAAAGUGGAAUUGAGAGACAUGAAGUAAUGAAUGAAUAGCCGUUAGGCUAUUGUGGAGCUUCUCUGCUAUAAUAAAUAAAAACAAAUAAAUAAAAGUGUCCCAUGGCAAAAUGGCAGCAUCCAAAAAUAAGGCAGUGGUUUACUAGAGAGGCUGCCUGGGUAUGUAGAAGUUUGAAUUAAGAGAAAAGCCCACAACCUGACAAGGAUUUGCAAGUUCCAGGAGUGAUUGAAUGCUGAUGGAAGAUGAGGCUAAUAUACGCCACAACGUUCUGUCUGAGGUCAAAAGCAUCUAGGAUUUAGAAAAUAGCGACUGGACAGUUAGCACAUGGUUGUUUAAAGAAGAAAAUAUUGGAACUAUAAAAUAACUUGGAAAGUCCCCAAACAAACGGCAAUCUUUGUUUUGCUGAACUGAGAGCCAAACGGGAAGCAGGAAGUGAAGCUGAAAAGUAGGGUUAAGAAUUAAAGGAGCAGCAGUGUUAUUUUUAUAGAAAACUAGCUGGCCCAGCCAUCACUUGGGUAGUGGCAUUGCCUAUAGGCUUUAAAGUGUAUCAUAGUGGGGUUGGCUUUUAAAAUGAAGGAGCAUCUCCACCCCCAUUGUUCUACCUGGACACUGAGGUCCAGCUCCGAGGGCCUUCUGGCGGUUCCCUCACUGUGUGAUGUGAGGUUACAGGGAAUCAGGCAGAGGGCCUUCUCGGUGGUGGCGCCCGCCCUGUGGAAUGCCCUCCCAUCAGAUGUCAAGGAAAUAAAUCUGACUUUUAGAAGACAUCUGAAGGCAGCCCUGUUUAGGGAAGUUUUUGAUGUUUGAUGUUUUAUCGUGUUUUUAAUAUUCUAUUGGGAGCCACCCAGAGUGGCUGGGGAAGCCCAGCCAGAUGGGUGGGGGAUAAAUAAAAAAAUAUAUUAUUAAAUUAUUAUUAAAAUGAGAAAAGUUAAGAUGCCUGAAGCAUUUUAAGGAAAGAUGGACGUUAACAUAGUGAGUUGAUCUCAGCCCUCUCUGUAUCAACCAAAUACUGUAUACAGAUUUUCUUGGAUCAAUAGUACUCUGUGUGCAUUCAUUAGCCACGUGUAAAUGUAUGUGAUUUGGAAGAGGCCAUUGCUUAGCUGUCAAGUAUCCCGUUUUCCGCGGGAAACCCCUGGAUUUUAAUCCGUUUCCCGCUGUUCUCCCGAAUGGAGAAAAAUCCUGGAAAUCCCCUAAAUUUCCUACCUGCCAGGGAGCCUCCAUUGUGGCCACCACCAAAAUGGCUGCCAGGUAUGCGUAGAAGCGACUUCUGGUGCUGCUCUGCCCGAUUUCCGGUGCCCACACAUGGGAAGAGUGGCCCCGGAAGUUGCUUCUACGCAACUUCCAGUGCCGCGCCGCUGCUGAUCCUGAAUUUUUCAGCAGGAGACUUGGCAGGUAUGGGCCAUUGCCCACAACAAUACAGCUCUCAUGUCUCACUACUAAGACUGCAAAACAUUUACCUUGUUCAAUAUGAGCAUAGGAAGCUGCCUUAUCCUGAGUCCGACCAUUGCUUUAUCUAGCUGAUUGGUUUGCUGUCCACACUACCUGGCAGGGGCUCUCCAGGGUUUCGGAGAGGCCUCUCUCCCACCCUUACCUGGAGAGGCCAUGCAUCGAACCUGGGAUCUUCGAUAGAUACAGCCCUUAAAGUCACAAUUUGCCCAGGAGCUGGCUCUCAUUUUAUGAGGGGUCUUUUGUGGCACAUUUCCUUUCGCCACUGUAUGAUCCUGUCAUUUUGAAGCCAACUUCAAAUCCCACCCAAAAUCCACAGGUAUGCUGGGCAGCUUCCAGUUUUGUAAUGGUGGUAAUACCAUAUUAUUGCUCUUUGCUAAGAUUAGUUUAUUUUGCUUUCUCCCCUAACUUCCUGAAACUUUCACUUAGGUUUAGGACAGGUUAACACAGUGAAAUAAACACAGCAUGGAACCGGCCCCAGUGUGGACCUCUAUGGAAGAUAUUGAGAGGUAGGCUGCUUUCAACUUGCCAAACAAUCACUCCGUAUCCAUGACUUUGAAUAAUGGUCCUUGAUCAAGAAAGCACACCUUUAUAGUUGCUCCUCUGUCCUCACCUCUAUAAAAUAAUAUGGGGACACCAUUCGUAUUUUGAUGCAUCCUGACUUUAUUGGAAAUCUAUUGAACACUUUUUAUGGAUAAUUCAUCUAACACACUGAAAACUGUGAGGGAGAAAUAUAUGCCUUUAAGCAAAUGUGAGCACGAAACUAUUUCUUAUAAAGUGCUGAAGCCUUAUACAGUACACAACUUCAUCUAAACCAAUCUGCACUUAAGGCCAAAGCCCCUUAAAAUCUAGGACAAGCAUCUUAGCCUAAUCUGUUUAUCUGUUGUGAUAAGGUAUGAGCCGAGUUCCUCCACUUAAUUCAUGACCUGCAUUUUUUAAAUACCGGUAUGUUGCUAUCCUAAUAUUACACACUUCCACAAUAUCCCAUAGGAGUGCAUUCAUAUGUAAUCAUUCAUACCUGAAUAGUUGUUUCCAGAGGGUGGUGCUUAGGGAGUGUUUUUCGGUCCCAUGGAGCCUUCAAUCUGGGGUUCCUCAGGGUUUGAUUUUAUCCCCUAUGCUGUUUAACAUGAAACUGCUGAGUGGGGUUAUCUGGAGUUUGGGAGAAUGUUGUCAGUAAUAUGCUGGUGACACACAACUCUCUACUCCUUUAUAUCUGCAGAUGAGGCAGAGGAUGUGUUGGACCGCAGUCUUGCCUCAGUAAUGGACUGGAUAAGAUCAAAAAACUGAAGCACAUUAUAUGCAGGGCUGCCUUUGAAAACAGUUCAGAAACUUCAGCUGGUGCAGAAUUUAGUGGCCACAUUGUUCACUGGAGCGAAACGGUUUGAGAAUAUUACACCGAUCCUGGCUGCCAGUUAGUUUCCAGGCCCAAUUCAAAGUGUUGGUUUUGACCUAUAAAGCACCUUCAUUGCAUAUCUUUCAGUCCUGGGUGUUCCACUGAUCAACAGCUUUUUAAAUGUGUUUGUGUGAGGAGGAGUUAUUGGUUAUGUAUUUUGUAAUCUCAUUUUGUAAUUUUAUGUUGUGAACCGCCAUGGGAUCUUGGGAGGAGGGGUGGUUAAAUAAAUAAAUAAAUAAUCAAUCAAUCAAUCUCCCCACCCACUUUGCAUGCUGUAGUUUACAAUCCCUCUCUCCAUCAGCAUGGAUCUUCAUGUAGUCUUCAAAGCCAUACUUGUUCUCCUCCUCUGAACCUGACUGCUUUUUCUAUUUUCGCCACUUAAAAGUGUCUAUUGAGUGUUUGUCAGAGAAACUGGCAUUAUGGCAUAGAUGAACAUGCCAAGAUUCAGUAGCACCUUCAGAAAAAUGGAUGCAGUGUGACAUGCUCCUGUUCAGGAUUCUAGCCAACCAAACGCUGUGCCCUUUUCUAGGAUAGCUUAUUCCAUUACACACUCCCCUCCAAAUCUAUGCACACAUUCCUUGUUGACUGAACAUGCUCAGUCUUUACGGAGGUAUUUUUAAGGUCUCCUCAGCACCGCAAACAUUUUUCUAUGGCUGUUUUGUAAUUCCCUGAACCUGAUGAUACCUCUCUCUCUUGUGUAGGGAUGGUGCUGUUUUGGCUAUGUGAGGAUCCAUGCUCAAAGAAUGAGUUUGCUAGUAGCACACAGCAGCUUGAUGCCACCCAGCUGUUUUAGGCUACAACUCUCAACAUCCCUGACUUUUGGUCAGCAGAUUAGGGAAUGCCGAUAUACAGGAGUAUGCUCAUUAAUGACUCUCCACUGAAAAUGAGAAUGACCAACUAAACACUUUAUUAAACCUAUUUAACUAUUUUACAAUACAUAGUAGACGUUGCUUGCUGGAAACUUUCUGAGCGAGGCAGAUAUUUAUUCCAUCCAAAAUGAUGAAUAAAUUAGCCAAGGAUGUUAUCAGUACCAGUCUUCUUGGAAGUAUUCUCUGCCUGCCUUCCCAAAGCUUGGAGAAAUCCAUAUGAACAAAGGGAUUUUGAGUGUCAAAUGUCUCUUUGCAAAGUAAGUAAUAACCGAUCAUUAUUUUCUGAACAAUCCCUUUACGGUUGAGGAAGCUGAGUCUGCCUCAUGUGUACAUCCAUCGUAGUUGCAUACGCAGCCACCAAAUAGGAUGAUUUCUGUAACAAGUGGCUUAUGUGGGUUCUCUGGGUCUGGACAAGGCAUCGUCAGCUCCUUCUUGUAGAGUGUGAGUGGCAUGCAGCACCCACACUCUGUGUGUACCAUCAUCUUGGCAACAUUUAGCCUGUGAAAGAGAGGAGUAAUAAUAAUAAUAAUAAUAAUAAUAAUAAUAAUAAUAAUAAUAAUAAUACCCUGCCCAGCUGGCUGGCUGGCCUCCAGCAAAAUAUAAAAACAUAAUAAAACAUCAAACAUUAAAAACAGUUGGCAGUUCUUGCAGGUUUAACGGGAGUGUCAUAUGAGCCAAUUGCAUGUUUUUAAAGCACGAGUGAGGGGGUUGCACAAGUUACCAUAGCCUCUCUCUCCGCCA